AUGCCUCCAGCCGGAGUCCAACCUCGAAAGCCUCCCGCGCCCUCAGUGGCUAACAAGGAAGCCAACGAAUACAUCCCCUCCUUCAUCUCCAAGAAGCCCUUCUAUAUCGGCGAAGAUGACGACCAGAACGACUACCUCGAGCAUCAACGUCUACAGAAGGCGCAAUCAGACCAGUCCAAAUGGUAUGAUCGGGGAAAGAAACUCGGUCCUGCAGCGACCAAGUUCCGGAAAGGCGCGUGCGAAAAUUGCGGUGCCAUGACACAUAAGACGAAGGAGUGCCUGAGCAGACCGAGAGCGAAAGGCGCAAAGUGGACGGGGAAGGAUAUACAGGCUGAUGAGGUGGUACAAGCCGUUGAUUUGGGGUGGGAUGCGAAGAGGGAUCGAUGGAAUGGGUAUGACUCUAAGGAGUACAAGACUGUGAUCGAUGAGUAUGCUCAGUUGGAGGAGUUGAAGAAGGCCCAGGAUCCGGUCGUAAAGGAAGAUGAGGAUGACGAGGGCGAAGAUGGCGCUAAGUACGCCGAGGAAUCGGAUAUGGGAAGAAAGCAGAGUACGGCUACGAGGCAACUGCGGAUUCGAGAAGAUACUGCGAAAUACUUACUCAACUUGGACCUGGACUCAGCUAAGUACGACCCUAAGACAAGAUCUAUGGUGGAUAGUGGAGCUACUGCAGAUACGGCUGCUGCUUUGGUCGCAGAAGAAGGGUUUAUGAGGGCAUCAGGAGAUGCUGCCGAAUUCGAGAAGGCGCAAAAAUAUGCAUGGGAAUCUCAGGAGAAGGAGAAGGGCGACACGAAAACACAUCUUCAGGCAAAUCCUACCGCGGGAGAAUACUAUCGACGGAAGGAAAAGGAGGAAGCAGACGCAAAGAAGCAAGCGCACAAAAAGAUGUUACUCGAGAAGUAUGGUGGUGAGCUCAACCCAGCUGCUGCUAAGCUUCGUGAAGCCGCGGUUAUUGAGUCCGAGAGAUACGUCGAAUACGAUGAGUCUGGCGCAAUCAAAGGCGCCCUCAAAGUCAUUGCCAAGUCGAAGUAUCCGGAAGAUGUGCUCAUCAACAACCAUACAUCAGUUUGGGGAAGUUGGUGGUCAAAUUUCCAAUGGGGAUACGAUUGCUGUCAUUCCAUGGUCAAGAACAGCUACUGUACUGGAGAAGAUGGGAAGAAAGCCUUUGAUCAAGCCGAUCUUCUUCGAACUGGGGUCAUGAUAGGAGAGGAACCUGCGAAAGAGAUUGAGUGGCCCUCCAAUGAGGUUGUUGAAGAGCCAGAAAAAGAGGCCACUGUGUCUCAGCCGGCCAAGAAGCGGACUAUGGAAGAGAUGAAGGGUGGAGUGACAGAGGAGGAUAUGGAUGAAUAUAGACGAAAAAGGACUGCUGCGAACGACCCUAUGGCUGCGUUCUUAGGCAAGGACGAACUUUUAUGA